AUGACAUCAGGCUAUUCUAUACUCCAAUUAAAAGAAGAUGAUGCACUUAAGAUUCUUGCAGCUCAACUACAUAUUGGCUCGAAAGAUGUUGACUAUCAAAUGAACACAUAUGUUUGGAAAAAAAAGCCAAGAAAUGAAGGUUCAUCAGUCAUCAAUAUUCGUAAAUUCUGGGAAAAACUUAUACUUGCUGCUCGAGCUAUUGUUGCUAUUGAAAAUCCGGCUGAUGUUUGUGCCAUAUCAUGUCAACCACAAGGUCAACGUGCUGUGUUGAAAUUUGCAAAAUACACGGGUGCUACAGCUAUUGCUGGCCGUUUUACACCCGGUUCAUUUACAAAUCAAAUUCAAGCUGCAUUCAAAGAACCUCGUCUAAUUAUUAUUACCAAUCCAAUUGUUGAUCAUCAAGCUGUCAGUGAAGCUUCAUUUGUUAAUAUUCCCGCUAAUAAAUCAAUUGGUCUUAUGUGGUGGUUUUUAACACGUGAAGUUCUUCGAUUACGUGGUGAAAUUAAUCGACAAGCACCAUGGGAUGUUAUGGUUGACUUAUUUUUUUAUCGUGAUCCUGAAGAAACUGAAAAAGAAGAUCAAGUUGGUCUUACUGGUCAAGACCGUGAUACAAAACAAUUUGCAUCAGAUUUUGCUUAUUAUGAUGAUGGUCCAUCAAUGAUGCCGGCUGCAGAAAGUUUUGCAGGUAAUCAAGAAAAUUGGGGUGCAUCAGCAACUGAUAGUUGGGCUGGUACCGGAACAGGCGCCGCUGAUACAAAUGAAGGGAAUGCAUCAAAUGCAGCCAACACCAUUUUUAAUUUAUAUAGUUAUAAUUAUAAUUAUAAUUAUUUAUUAUUCUAUUUUAAAAUGCAUAUUACCGAAUUUCGAAUUGUUUUACCGAUGGCAGUUGAAGAAUAUCAAGCUGCACAAUUAUUUGCAACAAUUGAAGUUUCGAAACAAAAUACAGGCGGUGGUGAAGGUGUACAAAUUCUAGCUAAUGAACCAUUUCAAAAAUCUAUGGCAGAAGCAUUUCUUGGCAAAUACAAUUCUGGACAAUAUACAAGAAAAAUUUAUCAUUUUGGUUCACGUGUACCAGCCUUUGUUCGUUUAAUAUUUAAAGAUUCAAAUUUAGCUAUGCAUGAAGAAGCAUGGAAUGCUUAUCCAUAUUGUAAAACAGUUAUUACAAAUCCAUAUAUGAAAGAAAAUAUGAUAAUUGAUAUCUCAACAUUACAUUUGCCUGAUCGAGGCGAAUCCGAAAAUGUUCAUCAAUUAACUGGUGAUGAACUUAAAAAACGUCAUGUUGUUUCUAUUAAUAUUGCGGAAAAAGUUAACCGUCAUGAUUAUAAACCAGAAGAGGAUCCAGAAAAAUUUCAUUCAGAAAAAACUGGUCGUGGCCCACUGUUAUCAAGUGAACCAUGGUACAAAUCUUGCGAACCACACAUGUGA